CCGGGCAGGACCUCAAGGGCAUUGGAGCAAGGUCAACUCAGCAGCUGGGUCUGCUCCAAGACACAGUAGGAUGCCCCAAAGCUGGGCCAAGGGGGCCUCUGGGGGUCACCGUGGGCCUUCGAGGAGGACCCAUGGGCCUCAGUGCCCCGGGGGUGGGUAAGACCCCAGGCACCCUCCCCCUCGGGCCAGGAGCCAGCCACACACCACCUCUUGCAAUCUCUUGCUGCUGCCCACAGCCCGACCGCACUCCUCUCGUGGCCCUGUGGUUUUCCUCCCACCAACGACUAUCCAGCACCCCGGGUUCCCUUCUGCCCCCACAAGAGGAGGUAGGGGGAGACUGGAGCCUCCCCCCGCUCCGAGCGUCUCUGCAGCUGUAUCAUCCCUCCCCCACAAAGACCUGCUCCCUGGAGGCCCUUUCGCCAUCAGUCCUGGAUCUGUGCAGGUCCUGAGACACCCCACGGCUUUGUGACUGGCCCACGUACUCACCUGCAACUCCAUCAAGAAGAAGUACCAUGGGGCGCCAAUCUGCAAGCCAAGAACCCUCUGCAUGGCACAGUGCCUGGAAGAAACUUGUCCUGACAGUCUCUCUCCUAGCCUGCUGCCCCCAACCCACCAUGACCCAGAAUCAGGAGCCGCAGGGUCUCACCCCCAACCCAUCCGUCCCCGUGGUGGGCCAAGACUUCACCCUGAGCCUCCACCCAGUCCCCCAUGACAUCUUGUCCUGUCGCUGGUACCGCGGCACCAGCACCUCCCAUCCCUCCAACCUCAUCCUCACCUAUGACCACCAAAACAAAGCUGGCACAAUCCGUGGCCCAGCCUAUACAGGCCGCGAGAGUGUGGGGCCUGACUGCUCCCUGAAAAUCCACCCCUUCAUAGCCACUGAUGGAGGCGCCUACGCGCUCACCUUACAGACGUUCGACAGCUCGUCCGAGUACAAAAUUGAGGUCUCUGGGUUCUCUUUGCGUAUCCCAUUCGUGAUCAUCAUCGUGGUGGCCGUGAUCUUCAUCGUGCUCCUGGCCGUGGGGCUGGGGCUGUUCUUCUACCUACGUGGCAGGCACAGGCAGUCAGCUUCCAUUGUCCACAAGGGGCCUACUGGGAUAUACGGGGCAACCCCCUCAAUGUAAGAUGACCUGCUCUGAUGGACGGGUCCAGCAUCGAGUGAUGAGCUCAGACUUUCCAUAUCUCUGCCAGCCCUGUCAGUGCCCCUCACUCAGGCCCACAGCCCCCUGCCCCCCCAGCCCUGCCAGUGUCCCUCCCAACCCCAGUGCUGUGCUACUCCCAGACUCCUCAGUCCCACCAGAGCCCCUAUACCUGCUCUCUGGUGGGGAAGAGGUGUCUCCAGGGGCUUCCCUUCUGCUCAACCCCUUGAGGGGGGCUCAUUUGGGAAUAGGGGCUUUGCCCUCCCCAGUGCACGGAUGCGUCACUCUCCCCUCCCUGACUCGGGUCUCCUCUGCCCCCCAAGCCCCGUCUCUUCCACCCUUCUCAUCCUCUGUAGCCACAAGACCCACCUGCCCCUUCCCCUUCACCUCCAUACUGAUGAGAUAGAGACCCAGAGUUCCUGCCCUGAUCCCAAAUUCAGAAGCUAGGGUCACUUUAAGAAGAGCCCGAGUGCAUGCUGGGACAACCACUUCAUUCUGGGAAGGGCAGACGCUGCACCAGAGCUACACCACAGAGGACCCAAACCUAUACCACAGAGCAUGCAAAGCAUUCUGGGAGCUCUCUCCACACCCUAAGAAUCAACCAAUGCUGCUUGAGUUUGCAGAGAGCCUACACCCAUCACUUGGCCAAGCACUGGAGAAUGUGGAGACCCUUCCCAAGAUGCAGCAGGUUAAACCCUCCAGGGCUUUGUCUGGAGGUUCAAAAUAUUUGAUGCUUUUUAAGGUCUUUUUUGUUCCAUUUCAUCUUCAGUCCCCAGCUCCUGGAGUCCUGGGAAUAUCUGGGAAUUGAAAAACUAGCAAUGUAAUUUUAUACCCUAAAAAAAAGGUCUCAAACUCAGGAAGCUCCCUUUAAGUGUUCUUUUUGCCAACUCUCCUGAUUUUUAAGCUGGGCUCAAAGGAUCAUAGAGAAGCUGGGCUGGCAGGACCCUUGGAAGGUCAAAUCUAGUCCAACCCCCUGCUCCAGGCUGCAGAAGGCCUGUUGGAACCAACCCAGCCAACGGUCUGUACAACCUACUCUUGAAAACUUCCAAAUUUGGAGAUGCCACCACCUCUCUAGGCCA